UGUAUAUUCACAAGCAUAUAGCAAUCACAGCUGAACAAAUUGGCAAAACGAAUUGAAUUUCAAAAAAACGGAGGUGUAAUCUUUGCAUGGACAUGCUUUUAGAGAUUUCAAAUUCGAUGGUCGAUUUGCAAGGCGAUUGAAAAUCGGUAAAGAGUGCUGGCGCGCUUUCAGACGUAGCUACUUGUCAUGAGUGUAUGUGUGUUUGCGAUCAUCUACGAGACAAAUUUAUGUUGGCAUUGGAGAUUAACGUGGCUGUAACAAGAGAGGAGGGAAUCAAUAGACCCAAAUAUAGAACAAAGCAAGAAGUUUCUGGUUUGAAUACCUUGGUAACAACUACUGUAAAUUUAAUGCUUUCAUGACUCGCGUAAACAAUGGUACACUGGCAAGGUCGUCCGUCCAAGAGAUAGAAAUUGACCUGGUUACGAGCGACUUAAAGUUUUCACGCAACAUUCUGUCGUGGUGAAUUGAAAUUGAAAAGUGACGAAUUAUAGAUUACGCCAGAUAAGAUGUCAUCAAACAGUAUUCAGAAGAUAACUGUGAUUAUUGCAUUUCUUCUGCCGUUGUUGUCUACGGGAAAAUCAUAUGAUGUUCACAGAGGGAUUUGCAAGACCCGCAAGGGUGAAAAUAUUACGUUGGUGAAAUGCAAGGAAUACAUUGAGUGUGGAAAAGAUGGACACCUUCAUCCUGCACAUUGCGAAGAUGGAAAAAUAUUUGACGCAAAUUUGAAAAAGUGUACCGAAGAUACGGAACCGCCAUGUCGAGAUGACUAUAAAGUGGUCUAUCGCCGAUGGAGUGUCCUUAAUUACACGGAUGAACAUUUAUUGCUGAAUGGCAGCAUCCCAAAAGCAAACACGACCGAAUAUAGGCUUAUAAAAAAUUUCGAGUCAUUGCCAGAAAAUCAUAACAAAUCUAAACAGUACAUUAUGUUGCAAACAAGUUUUCUGUCCGCUGCCAAAGGAAAGCACACAUUCAGUACCACAUGCACACAAUCGUGCAAAAUAUGGAUAAGGAAGAACUUGUGUGAACCAAGAGAGUUGAUAUUAGAGCAGAGCAAUCACACGUAUCAAGGGGAAAGGGUCACUUACAAAGUACAGAAAGGCUAUAAAUUGGAAUUCAAAAAAUUCUACUAUCUUGACGUUGUUUUGACUGGCGGUCCAAAAUAUUCCAAAUUUGAAAUCAAAGUUAAGUGGAAUAGUCGAGAGGGACCCAAUCCGGGCAAUGUUGUAGAAGACUUGAUAAAACUUCCUCCAAAUGAUACCAAAGAAAAGUGUAAAUUCAAAUCGUCGACAUCGAUAACGCCGGGUUCUUCGCGACCAACCAUAACUGUUGGUUCUUUGCGACCAACCACGACCUUGGGUUGGGUCUUCACUGGUACUUCCACAGUUAUGAAAACCGUCUCUCUAAAUACACAGCACAGUUUUACGAGAAGUCCAACCUCUAGUUCCGUAGUAACAAUGUUUUCUGCAAUCAAACCAACUUCAACUUUAACAACAUAUGCUACUCAGGAGCUUUCAAAGCCAAGUCUGGGCAAUCUUUCCAAACAAGUGGAAAAAAUCGCAGAAAAUUGGAAGAAAGGAACUCCGUUCUCGAAUAAUGAUGGCCUUUCGCAACCAAAGAAAGUAGACCUUAUAAGCAAAAAGAUUGCAGAGAAUUGGAAUGAGAAAGGACAAUCGUAUGUGUUCUACAAAAAUGAUCUUGUAAUGAAAAUUAGCUACCCAGAAGAAAAUUACACAUUUCCACUGAAAGAAAACUUUCCCAACGUAACAAGCGACUUUGAAGAGGAUCAAAUAUACAUCCCAGCUCAUGUUCUAGUCAACGAGACAGGAGAGUACGACCGCAAGAUUUUCAGUGUUCUGUACCCGGAUUCAAACGAUAAAACACCGACCUUAUUCAACGUUAUCGAAACGGGAAAAGGAAAAAGAGGAGGAUCUUUUCAACUGAACAGUCGCAUUAUUGCGAGUACGGCAGUGCCCGCAAUCAGCGGCCUCAAAGACUAUUACAUCAUCAUACGUCUCAGGCACUUAAAGACAAACGUCAGUUCAAACAACAAGCCGCUUUGCGCCUUCAUCAAAUGGAGAAAUGAAUCUGACAAUUCUGACGGGGUGUGGUCAACAGAAGGAUGUAUUCGCGACGAGCCACUGUCGAAUACAAAUAUCACCGUCUGUCGUUGCAACCAUCUCACGCAUUUUGGCGUUUUGAUACAAGUUACAGACGAAGAGAUUAGUCCAACGGACAUUCGAGCACUAACGGCUAUCACCUACGUGGGCAGUGCGCUAUCCCUUAUUGGUGUAUUUUUCACGGUGCUGGCUAUCACGUGUUUACCGGGUGCACGAUCAGAAAGAAAUUUCAUUCACGUCAAUUUGGCGAUAGCAAUUGCUUGUGUACAAAUUGUCUUUCUUGCAGGAAUCGAAGAAACGGAAAACGAGGUUUUGUGCACUGUAGUCGCAGCGUUCCUACACUAUUUCUUACUCGUUGCAUUCUCGUGGAUGUUAAUCGAGGGAAUCUUCUUGCAUAUUUUAAUUGUCAAAGUAUUCCACGACCAUCUGCCCAGGAGGAGAUAUUACAUGACGUUUUCCUGGGGUUUACCACUGGUUAUCGUAGUUGCGUCGGUGAUCGUAUUCCGCGAUGGAUUUGGCACUGAAAGCGCCUGCUGGUUGUCGACGGAAAAGUCGACGAUUUGGACUUUUGCCGGUCCUGCUAUUUUGGUGAUGAUCGUUAACAUGGUGGUCCUUUGCAAAGUGAUGAAAGAAAUAAACUCUUUACGAGACAGUGAUCAAAGAGAUGCGAACGUUCGCUCGAUCAGAUAUGGUGUUAGAUCGACAAUAAUUCUUUUGCCACUUCUCGGACUGACCUGGGCAUUUGGACUGAUUGGUUUCAACCAAGACACAGUGGUAUUCCAGUAUCUUUUCACCGUCUUUAACUCGCUGCAGGGACUGUUCAUCUUCUUGUUUCACUGUGUGUUUAAUUCAGAGGUUCGCAAAGCGUUUUGGCGAAAAGUCGACAUCUGGUUCACCAACCAUGGCAGUCAAAUUGCGAUCAAUCAACAGUACGGAAGCAGCAUCAAAAAAAGUCACGGCGACCACUCUCCCGUAUCAACGGGAGCAAACAGAAUAGCAAGACCGAACAAUGGAGUUUUGCAUUAUUCCUUCGACGUUAUCACAGAACGUCGUAAACUGUCAUCCAUAACUGCGAGCACUUGUGUUGACAAUUGGCCACACAAGUUCAGUCUCACUCCAUCCAUGGAUGUAUCAUAUCCACCUCGGCUGUCCCCACUCUCAGUUCGGAUAACCUUCAGUACCUUUCCAUCGAUGUGCAAGAAAAGGAUAGGAAAGAAAGUGCAGUUGCUAAUACUGAUGGCAUUGAUAACACCAUGAAAUACGACUCGGGUGAUGACUACAGCUCUAUGCAACAAAAAACUACACCACGGGAGAAAAAUCUAGUCAAAAUACUCGUACGUGAGAAAGAUAAUACUGAUGAAGGGGAUAGGUUAGACACGGAAAAAAAAGAACAAUGCGCCUCAAAAUAUCCCCAUAAAACCACAAACACCAACGAGGACACAAAUACUCCUUCUCCUAAGAAAGAAAAUUGCAUUGAAAAACAGAAACGUGACUCGGUGGAGGGAGAUGUGAGACACGAAAAGGGAACAGAAAUAAACCGUGGCCUGCAAAACAAUCCACACUCGAAGACGAAAACACAGUAGUCGGCAUUGCAGGACAACUGGUGAAAUCAAACCGACAAAUAAAGUGCCAAAACAGAUACAUUGCUAUAAAUUGUAAGAGCUCAAGUAAAGCAACUAAAUAGUAUAAGAGAAAAUGCCAAUACACUUACGUUCCAAAAUUAUUACGCGCAGAAAGAAGUGUGGUGAAGUAACAUAAAAAAAUAAGUCACGUUCACAAUAUACAUUAACGAAACGCAGGUGAUGCAGAGAUUAUAGAGUACCACGUGACACAAGCCUUUAACGUACAAUGUGAAGCAUGGUAGCUACAACACGAAAAUAAGUAAUUUGCAGCCACAAUACAGCGCAGCACGUAGACCGAAGCUUAACCAAAGCAAUAAAAAAAAGAAAAGCGUUUAAGCAAGUGCUACCUGCUUAAAUUAGCUUUUCAGUUUAGAACCUAAACAAAUCAGAACGUACAUACGCAUGGCACGUAGUCUUGAGCUCAUUAAGUUUAACCUUUUGGAAAGUAAAAAUUAAUAAUUUCACUUAGUGAUGUAAGUUUUUGAAUAAUUUAUGUCAAAUAGAGUUCAACAGUAUCUAAAAGUCUUA